GGGCUAUAAAGUGAGCAUCCCGGCUCCUAAGUUCCACGUGCCUCACCGAAGCCCGAUCGCCUUUUGCUGAUUCCUUUGGAUUUCGACUCUCUUUAGAUCGGAAAUGGACCCCAACUGCUCCUGUGCCGCUGGUGGCUCCUGUACGUGCGCGGGCUCCUGCAGCUGCAAAGAGUGCAAAUGCACCUCCUGCAGGAAGAGCUGCUGUGCAUGUUGUCCUGUGGGCUGUGCCAAAUGUGCCCAAGGAUGUGUCUGCAAAGAAGCUUCCGGCAAGUGCACCUGCUGCGACUGAUGGGAGUCAGCCCUGCUCCCCUGUGUAAAUAGCAUGACAUGUACAAACCUGGAUUUGUUUUCCAUACAACUCACCUACUUGCCAGACUCCUUUGUUUGUCUGUUUGUUGUUUUUCAAAGUAGCAUCUCACUCUAGCCCAGGCUGGCCUGGAAUUCACCAUGUAAUCUCAGAGUGGCCUCAAACUCAUGGUGAUUCACCUACCUCUGCCUCCUGAGUGCUGAGAUUAAAGGCAUGUGCCACCCUGCCCAGUUCUUCAGACCCCUUGUUCUAUGAAAUAUGUGAAAGAUAAUAAAAGUGUCUUGAUUCUGA